AUGUUGGCCACGCUACUUUUCGCUGCAUUCCUCUCGGUUCUCCAACUCGUCAACGCCCGGCGAUGGAACAACACUGGGAAAGGCUCUAUCGCUUUUGAGGAGGCGUACACUACAGCAACGCUCAUUCAGUUAACGUUUGUUGGAGGAUCCUCGACUUUGCUCGCCAACCUCCAGGAUAUUCACAACCAACGACUCCAAAGCAUGGACAAGAAUGCGGUCGACUAUGUGGUCCUGUCUUGCGCUAGUCCUUGUACUCAGGGUAUCGCCAAUCAAACUGUGGCUGAAGAAGCCGCCCGGACGUUCAACGAUGGACUAGCGGCAGCGAUCUCCAACAAUACUCUUCGAUUUGGUGCCUUUGCGGCCCUUGCGAUGCAUGAUCCCGCUGCAGCAGCCACCGAGCUGAGGAGGGCUGUGACGCAGCUGGGUUUCCUUGGUGCAUUAGUCAACGACUAUCAGGUUUCAGGGCCAAAUAGUGAUACCCUUCUGUUCUACGACCAACCAGCAUACGAUGUAUUUUGGGAGACGGUGACGGAAUUGGACGUUCCCGUGUACUUGCAUCCUCGAACCAACAUCAAAUCCAUCCAGACACCCCUAUUCGGUCACGCUCAAUACCUCCAAGGUGCUUCUCAGGAAUUCGCGGUGACCCUGUCUAAUCAUAUUCUUGGACUAUGUGGCAACGGCGUGUUCGACCGCUUCCCAUCACUCCAAAUUCUCGUUGGACACCUGGGUGAACGGAUUCCUUCGGAUAUUUGGCGCAUCGACAAUGCGCUUGCCGGAGUGAUUGGUGGUUCUGCCAUCCGUCCGCCCAUGAACAAGACCAUAGCGCAUUAUCUUCAACACAACAUUCUGGAAACGACUAGCGGCAAUUUUGCGACAGACCUGCUCAAGUUCCACGCUGCGCAAAUAGGUUUUGACCGCAUUUUAUACUCGGUGGACUACCCAUUCGUCGCUUUUGAACAGGGAGAAGCAUGGCUGCAGACGCUUGUGAAAGUACUUGAGCCUGAAGAGUUGGUACAGCUGAAGCGCGGCAGGGCGAUCGAAGUUCUACACCUGGAUCGAUGA